AUGGCUGCAUGGAGCUGUCUGGUGACGGGAGCUGGGGGGUUUCUAGGCCAGAAGAUCAUCAGCUUCUUGAUGGAGGAGAAGGACCUGCAAGAGAUCAGGGCCCUGGACAAAAACUUCAGACCAGACACCAGAGAAGAAUUUUCUAAGCUGCAGACAAAGGCUAAGGUGACAGUGCUGGAAGGGGACAUUCUGGAUGCCCAGUGUCUGAGGAGAGCCUGCCAGGGAGUCUCAGUCGUCAUCCACACCGCUGCUCUGAUUGAUGUCAAUGGUAUCAAUCCCAGACAGACCAUCAUGGACAUCAACCUCACAGGUACCCAGCUCCUGUUGGAAGCCUGUGUCCACGCAAGUGUACCCAUCUUCAUCUAUACCAGCACAGUGGAGACAGCGUUGCCCAACAACUACAAUGAGAUCAUCCACAAUGCCCAGGAGGAAGAGAAUCAUGAAUGCAUAUCGACUGACCCAUACCCACACAGCAAAAAGUUGGCUGAGAAGGCUGUGCUGGCAGCCAACGGGUGCACCCUUAAAAACGGUGGCACUUUGCAUACUUGCUCCUUGAGGCCUAUGUACAUCUAUGGGGAGGGAAACAAAUUCCUUCUUCCCAUUGUGAUGACAGCCCUUAGAACCAAUGGUGUGCUUAGAAAAACAGGCCCAUUGUCUCUGGUCAACCCCGUCUAUGUGGGCAACGUGGCCUGGGCCCACAUUCUGGCCUGCAGAGGCCUGAGGGACCCCAAGAAGGCACCAAACAUCCAAGGGCAGUUCUACUACAUCUCAGAUGACACACCUCACCAAAGCUAUGAUGACUUAAAUUACAUAAUGUGCAAAGAAUGGGGCUUCUGCCUUGAUCCUAAGCCCACCCCUCCUCUCUUCCUGCUGUACUGGCUGGCUUUCCUGCUGGAAGCAGUGAGCUUCCUGCUGCGUCCUAUCUACGAGUACCGACCCUCCUUUACCCGACACUUAGUGGUACUCACAAACAGCGUGUACACCUUCUCCUACAAGAAAGCACAGCGAGAUCUUGGGUAUGAGCCACGCUUCAGCUGGGAGGAAGCCAAGCAGAAAACCACCGAGUGGAUCGGCUCGCUCGUGAAGCUGCACAAGGGGACGCUGAAGUCAAAAGCUCAGUGAGGUGACAGAUGGGGAGCUGAGUGUU